GAGAGUCGAGCAAGAGCCCCUCUCGUCGCACUUCGUCACUUUUGCCAUUCCUCUCGCACGGCCGCGACAAUGGCUCGCGCUUUGCAGAGCCUCGUGCUCUCCACCUCGUCUGCUUCGUCUUCGUUUCUUCUGCCCAGGCCCUCCUUGUUCGGAGAUGAGCUACGGUCAAAGAGAAGCAAUGUGGCUUUCUGCCAGCGGCAAUCGCCGGUGGGCGCAGCUGUGGCAUCAUCAGCAGAGCCAAAAUGGAAGCAGAAACUUGCUGCAGCUGAUGAGCAUGCAGCUGCGACUCGACAAGCCACCGCGCUGGCACAAGAGGAAUACUUCAAGAAACAAGCUGAGCAACGCAGGCAACAAGCUGGAGCUGGUUUAGUCGAGAAACUGGACAGCAUGGAAUACACUCCCUAUCUCACCGAAGAGGGGCUAAUUGCGGACAUCACUAAACCUGACAUUAAGGCUAGUGUUUAUGCUAUUUUCGAUGAUGCAAAGACGCUACAGUACGUCGGCGUCACGAGGCAGGUAUACCAGAGCAUGCGAUUACAUUUCGCUAGGUUUCCAUCAAAAUGCUUCUACGUCAAAGUACAACAUCUGUCGAGACCCAGUCGAGCCCUUCUUGAGGGAAUUCGUGACCAGUGGAUCGCUGACAAUGGCUCUCCUCCACCUGGAAACGAUAAUGGAGAGAUGCAAAAUAGAUGGGAAAACCCGUUGGACUGCAAGGUUUUUAUGACUGAUGAAGAGAUGCGGUUACUUGAAGAAGCUGCCCCAGGUCCACCCAAAGCAGCUGUUUUAAAGAAUGUUGCGCGGAGGAUAGAGAAGACAUUGAUGGCAGCUUUCGAAGAGCGUAAGUGUACAGACAAGCUGCGGUUCGAGCCGAAACUGAAAGACAGAGGCCUGCUAGACUUGAAGGGUGUUGUCAUUAAGCCCGACAGUUCCGUUCCCACCUCCACGCCCAAGUCGAAAGAAGCUCAGGCACCCUCAGCUGCGUGAAAUCUUCUAAAGGCAGCUGGUUUAUAUGCAAACACCAUCGAUAUCCAACCUGCCAGAAUGCCGACCUGAUUUGAGGUGGCGAGGACGGGAGCAAACUCAACAUCAUCGAAUGUGGGAGUUAACUUCAUGAGAGCUGCCUUCACUUCUCAUCAAGACAGCCAAGGUCUGCAACUCCUGCAGUCUCGGUUCCAACGACAGAGUCUCGUAAGGCUUCUAACUAGACUGCUUAGAUCAGAUCCGAUAUGGAUCUUCCGAAGCUAUUGACGUUAUCAAACUUCAGUAUCAAGCUCUUGUUGUUUUCGCCCGCGAUUACAUGUGCGUCAUCACUUUUCAUCAUAUCUUUGGCGUAUUUUAGGAUACUGCCGCUCAAAUUUGGAACUACAGCAUUGUAGGCGAUGCAGAGAACAGAACACAAUGUAGUGUACAGUAGUCAUACGUAGCGUUCCGUCUCCACUGGACAAUAUUAUGGAAUUUGUUGUACCAGGGAACAAAAUUUGAAGCUUUGCACAGCUGCCUCACACGUUCAGGAGAGGACUGAGCUUGGAAGGAGGGUGGGAAUUCUCACGAGAAUACUGGCAGAGAUGAAUGCCAAUCUGUUAAGUAUCUGCGUAUGAUGCUGUCACCAAUCCUCGUGUUGUACCAUCUAAGCAAUACUUUUUCUAUGUGACAUUUGCUGGCCC